UUCUGAGACAGGUAAACCUACACAAGGUGGAGCUGCCUGCCCCCUCCAUGGACCACGCUCAAAUGCAGCAGAAGAUACUGGGCAAGAAAAUGCCCCACCCUGGCAUUCUUUGAGACCUUACUCCAGGGCUACUGGACUGUCCUAGCCACCAGAGAGUGGGUAAGCCAUCCUAAGUUCUAGCCCUCAUAGGAAAUGUCGACACUGCCAGAUUCGUCACCGACAGAAAAUCGCUGCUGAAGACUGAGGAAGUUCAGGGCAACAACAGCCCCCUUUAAGGUGUCCGUCUCAGAUUCCAAGUCGCACAAAACUCUCAGGUAAGACAUUCUCUAUAUUUGUGGACAUAGAGGCCAUAUAUACAGAGUUCUUCCUGAGUUUUCAGGCUGCUAUAUUAAGUCCUCAGUCUCUAUGAUGGGGUAUUGAUGGUCAACCUAUGCCAUUUACAAACAGGGCCUAUUUUGUGCAGGUCCCAGUCUUCUCACUUGGUUUAUACUUUUUCAGGAUACAUAAAAGCCUUUCUCAUACUUGCUAAAGUUCUGUUACAGCAAAUCAUUCCAAGGACUACAACCAGGUUACAGUGACCCAUGCCUAAAUCAAAGUUGCUAGACUGCCAUCCUGGUUUCACAUCACUCAGGCUAAGAGGUGCCCUCCCAGCCCUAAAUCUGAUCAUUCUGAGUGGUCAUCUCAUCUUCUGUCUCCUACCUGUCUCCGUCUCACAAAGGCCUCGCAGCCACAGUUAACAGGCUAAGUCAUGUUUUGUUAUCCACUUUGGUUCCUAAUUUCUUACAUUCUAUUAAUGAUCAUUUUUACAGCAGGACUCUUUAGCAGUAUUGCCUACAGACUCCAACAUCAUGCAUACCAGAGACAAGCCUUACCAACCUACCGUCUUAACUUUUAUGCUUUCAGAUGGGGGAGUAAUCACCUCUCAUAACUCCACUCCUCCUAACCCCACGUUUAAUUUUCAGAAUUCUGCCUCACCGUGGAAAUGUUUCUACCUCAACAUGGUCCUGAUAGAAUGAUAUGUCUAAAUCAAAGGCACCUUUCCCUUUACCUCACCUGGGUCCUUAAAUAUGACAGUGCCAUGUCUCCUCAUAACAUCUUGUCUCUUUGUUUUUCCAGUCUGACAUACGUGCAUUCACCAGUGAAGCUGUCCUGGCCAAAACACCUGGUACCAGCGUCUACCUGGGCAUCAACCUUCAUCCCGUCAACUCCCCUAGGCUCCAGUACAGCGCCCUUUGCCAGCAGGAAGUAGUUAAAGAGAGAAAGCUUUGCCCCUUUUCAUAAUAACCAUAAGACGGGAUAUGAAAGGUUUGGCCCAGACAGGACACUGUAGCCAGGAAAGCCACAACCGGAAGCAGGAAGCCCCAUCUUGCCCUGCCCCUAGGAAGUUACCUGUGACGCCAUCUUCCCGCCCCUGGGAAUUUACAUAUGGCACCAAACCUAGGACCAAUGGGCUACCUGUGUAUCCCUAAUGCCCGCCUUAGGUUCCACCCCAAACCGAGGUUAUUUACAGGCCCCCACGCCGCGUGUCCGCCGGAGAGAUCGCCGGACGCCAGCGGUGGGGGUUGCCGGUCAUCUCUCUCCGUGUUCUCAGAAUAAAGGCCGCUUUUUAUUUUAUAUUUCUCAUCUUUUGUUAAUAUUUUUCAUCUUUUGGAAGUAACUCUAUCAGUUUUCACCUACAAUUCUGAUUUUUUCAUAUCAAGUGGCCUUUGGAUGCAUUAAAGUUUAUCAUACAAGUGACAGAGAUGUGGGCACUUUCUUCAGUUUUGCAACCAAAGCAAAUGCCUCACUGGCUUCAUCCUAGGCUGUCCCAAAUACCAGGGCCUCAAAGGACAUGGAGGAUUUUAUGAAAGUGAGAGGCAGUUUCACUGUGAAUUGCAGAUCAUCCCUGAGAACAAUGUGAUCCAUGUGGAAAAACUCAGGGCUUCUAGUCACCACCAGUGAUGAAAGACUCUCAUGGUUAAAGUCCUCAACAUUCAGGUCCAGCUCUCAAAAGAGAAAAAGCUACACCAGACUCUCACCUGGGUCGUAGUCAAAAUGGGGAACGAACUGAAGCCUGAUUACCAAGGGAAAUAGCAACUGGGCAAUGAAAUAAUGAGUCAUGAGGCCAUGAGCAGGAGAAGAAUUCAGCAAUCUCAGGGUCAUAAACCAGACCCAGAGAAGAGGCAUUUGUGAGAAAAGGACACCCAAUAGGACACAAGGUUAGACAGCAGAGAGCAGGCAGGGCUGAUCACAUUGUAUCGCCUUGCAGAAAUGAGAAAAAUCUCAAAUCUGGGACUGCAGGUACAGCUCAGUUGCAUAGUGCUUCACUAGAAUUUGGAGGUGCUGGGUCAGUCUUAAACAUCCACAAGAAAACAGACAGAAGAAAACUUCCAUCCUCAUCCAUCAUGAGACCAUACUCAUCUCAAUCUGUGGACAUCAAUGGGACAUGAGGAGUGUUCAGACUUCACCAAAUUUCAAUCACAGCAGCCAAGGAUGUGCCUAACCAGGGGGCCUAGGAGCUAUGACAGUAAGUCAGGACAAAAAAGAGAAACUAAUGAAUACUUUAAGGACAGACUGGACUUGAUGUGCAUUUCUCUUUGUUUUGGAAUAAAGAAUUUUUAUUAUUAUUUCACGUUUAACGUGAGAGAUGGAUCAUUCCUACAUUCAAAUGAAAAAUCAUAGCAUGGGGAAAAUUCCCUGACUUACACAGAAUGGCUAAGAUGAAGAACUGAGGGUCUCAUUCUGGAUCUGAAGUGAUGGCCGUGCCUCCUCCACAGGGAAAGAAACCUCUGAGCAGAGAAGCACACAGUCCAGCCUUAACAGGAUAGUGAAAAUUUUUGGUUGAAAAUGAAGACCUCAGCACCGUAUUGCUCUACUUUGCUCUCAGACAGCAGCAGGAUCUGCAGAGCCCCACAACAAAGAGAUUUGAAGCAACUUUGCUCAUGGGAGAGGCUUCCCAUCCUGCCCUUUACUAUGCCCACCAGGACAUUUGCAUGAUGUCCCCAAGGAGAGGCUUCCCUUCAAGUUCCAGAUAAAAACUCAACCUGUCUUGAUUCAUCUGGACCCUCAUUUCAGCAUUUCAAAAUGAGGCUCCCUGCUCAUUUCCUGGAGCUGGUAAUGCUCUGCAUCCCUGCACUGUACCCCCCGUGUCCCGAUCAGGCGUGUGUGCGUGUUUACCUUGCCCGGAGUUCAGAGUGCUCUAAGACACUCACGACAAGUGGCGCCCGAAUUCAGGGACUCCGAAGGUCGCUUAGGAAGGUUUUGGUUAUAUCUCCACAGAAAAUGGAAUUCAGCAGUGGGUCCCUGGACGAUGGAUCAGGAUCCGCGCCUCCAGACCCUGUUCGCCAGCCCCGGAGACAACUCCCCAAGGAACCGGAACCGUGCCUUCAGAAGCGAGCGCGAAACCAGCUAGAGGCUAAAGAUGCUGAGCUUGUUCCUAUCGCAGCCAUGGCCAGAUUACAGCUAAGAAAAUCCCGCCGCUCACAGCGACCAAAUUUAAAUCCCCUCCCUACAUGGGGACAAUUAAAGAAAUUGACCAUAGAAGGGCAACGGCUUGUCCUUCAAGCAGGAAAGCCUUUAAACCCUGAAAACUUGUUUUUAGCUUUAUGUGCCUUGCUCACCGUUGCAUCGGGGACUGAGGUACCUCCACAUUCGUACUGGGCAUAUAUUCCAAAUCCCCCUUUAUUAGAACCUGUAAAAUGGGGAACUAGUGAUAUUUUACUUUAUACCACACCUAGAGAAAUUUUGUCAGCACCGUGGGCUGAUUUAACCCCCCACAAUCAAGAUGAUGGGACAUUAUUCAAUUUUACUUAUUAUGGUAAUCAAAGGCCUAUUUGCAUUGGGGAACCACCUUGCAUCCCUCUGGGAUGGCAGUAUUGGAUUCAACAUGGAAUAAAAGCAGGCAACAAAAGGACAAGGCUUCAAGCCUUGGCUGCUCAAACCUUUAAUGUUACCUGGAGAAAUUUAACAGCACCUGACAUAAAUACAUUUCCUGUAUGCCCUGAAUUCACUUAUAAAAAUAUUUCUUAUAAUCCCAUAAUUUGGCAACUAUGUAUGGGAAAAUUUGCUAAAAAUAUUGAUGGGUAUAUUAUUUGGGGACCAUUUGGAAAAUUCGUUAAUGGAUGUGCUGAAUGGAAUGAGACAAGAUGUAAUCUCUCUGUUGUGUAUAGUCUUCCAGAUCCAAAGAAAAUAACUGACGGAGCUCCUAUAUUUCCUCAGAAGACGUCUCUUUUGUGGUGGGGAGAUGGUGGAAUCGCUAACCCUGCUGUUGCAGCCGAAGAAUACCCUCAUCACCUUCAAAAUCAUAUUUGGAAGAUUCCAGCCGCUAUGCAACCUGUAACCUUGUACAAUGUUUCCUAUUCAGGGACUAGUCGAUCUGUAUCUACUACUUAUAAUUUUACUAGGUUUAAAAUGUAUAAUAUUACUGUUUGUGCACCUCUGCCUUAUGUCUUUUUAGUGGGAACUUUUAAUUUUACACAUUUUUCUUGUACUUGUUUAAAUUGUCAAUUGUUUACAUGCUUAAAUAGCACACUAAAUUUCACUAAGCCUUAUACAGUUAUGCUGUUACAACAAAAAACUCAUAUUUGGUUGCCUGUAAAUUUAACUCGACCAUGGUCUCAAGACCCAGUAAUUUCUGUUACUACUGAAUUUUUUAAACAUCUGUUAAAACGUACAAAAAGAUUUAUUGGAAUAGUGGUUGCUGUACUGUUAAGUCUGAUAACUGUAGCCUCCCUAGCAGCAGUCUCAGGAAUAGCUUUACAAACCUCUUUGCAAGAAAAACAUGUUGUAGAAUUAUGGCAUGAGAAUUCUCAUGAACUUUGGUUAACUCAGUGGCAAAUAAAUGCCAAACUACAACAACAAAUAGACCUCCUUAAACAAACAGUUGAAUGGAUGGGUAGAAAAAUAUUGGCUCUUCAGCAUCAAAUGUUUUUAAAAUGUGAUUGGAAUUCAACUACUUUCUGUAUAACCCAACGACCUUAUAAUCAAACAGAACAUGAAUGGGAAGUGAUUAGAAUGUAUCUAAAUGGAAACACCUCUGCCCAGGAGAAAAUAGAAUCUUUGCAUAAUCAAAUUGACAAGGAUUUUGCAAAGCAAAAUGAUGAUGAAUCCCUGGCACAAUUCGCGCAAUUGCUUGCUCAAUCUUUGAAAGGAUUAGAUUCCAAAGGAAUCUGGCAGAGCAUAACCCACACUUUAAGUGGCAUGGGACUUAGUUUAAUUAUAGUUCUCAUUGCCAUAGUUCUUGUGUAUUUUUACUGCAUAAGACGAAAUACUAUUAAUAACCUGAUCUUAUGGAAAUUAUUGUUAAAAAAUAAAAAGGAAGGAAGUGUGGGGGAUGAGGUGUCACUUUGUAGGCCCAACCCCCUCUAACCUGCAAUUUACAAUAGCCGCCCUGGUAUGCGAGAAGGAGGUAGAAUAGGAAUGCCUGUUCUCAGUGAGACCCCUCACCCUCUGGAAUCCAUACUGUGAGCUGGCUUUGUUUUGCAGAAGUCUUGAGGAAGUGGCUGGCCACCCUUUGUGACACUAACAGCAGACAAAUUAACAACAUUCUUGAGCUAAUGAAUUUCUUCCUGGGCUAGAGAAGUUAUGAGAACUGGUUGUGAUUAUUUACUUCACUUAGAUAGUUUUAGAAUAAACAUUGUAGUCUGUCACGUUGUAGCUUGCCACAAAGAAUGCCUUUUCACCACUUAAUUAUCUGGGCUCUGUGAACUGAUCGGGUUUACUAUAUAUGAAUCCUAAAAUAAAGAUUGUGCGUGCAGUGCAGUGUAACGCGGUGCAGACAGUAAA